AUGGAUUCUUCACAGAGCGCCAACUCCCUACCGCCCGAAGCAAUCGCCCUCGCGGGACGAAUGUACGACGCCGCGCGGAAAGGGGAUCUCGCCAUCUUCCAGCAGGCGUUGCCGGCUGGGUUGCCGGCGAAUAUGACGAAUGAGAAGGGGGAUACGUUGCUCAUGCUAGCCGCGUAUCACGGACACGCGGACCUGGUGAAGUUGCUCAUCCAGCACGGGGCCGAUGCGAAUCGGCUGAAUGAUCGGGGGCAGAGUCCCCUUGCUGGGGCGGUGUUUAAGCAGGAAGACAAAGUUAUCGAGGUUCUUCUCGAAGGAGGCGCGGAUCCCGACUUUGGUGCUCCGAGCGCGCUGCAGUGUGUUGCUAUGUUCAAGCAGGAGGAGAAGUGGCAGGCCAAGUUUGAGGCGGCCCCUGGAAGAGGGAAAGCUGUUGCGCAGGACUAG